CCCUAGCAUCCGUGCCCCAGCUUGCUCGACGAAGCACUGUCUCCUUUGAGAAAGCUGGAAGAAGCCCCUUCCCCGGCAGAAGCUUUUCCUGUCAACAGCUUUUCUUUCCAGGCAUGGAACUCAUCGCAGUUCUUUGCUAACCCAAUUAAGUGCUGAAGUAGUCACCCCAGAGCCUGCUUUUUAUUUCCUGCGAAACAAUCCAACUAAUCCAUAUUCAGUAGCUUCCAAGAGAAGUCUUAUUCCAACCACUCAUGAAGAAACCAGCUUCUUUGAAUAUGGACAGAACAUUUAGAACUCACAAAGAACGGUCUUGAUAGAAAAUGCAAGAAAAUGGUUCAUUAUUAUCCUGUUUGGUUUUUGAGGGAAAAGUUCACUAGGACCAAAACCUCAUAAGGACUGGGAAUUUAUCGGGGAACAAGAGAAGCAUGAGCAGAAGCCAGGUCACAUCCCAUCAGUUUAUGGAUCAUCUGGGAGCUACAUCUCCCUCCCUACCCAAACGAGUUAUGAAACAAAAACAUGUGCACUGAGUAAAGCAGAAAGGAGCACUAAUCUUGCUCAGAAGCUGAGGAAUCACAGGCCCCAAGAGAUUAAGUGGCAGAGCCAAACCCCCUUCUUAUCACUUGCACCACUAGCCAGCGAGGAAUCAAGUCACCAGAGAGCUCUUGCCUGUUAAGGAAUCAAAGCCGUGUUGUUCCUCUUACCAAGCACAAGAUGGUACAUAAGACAUUCUUAUUUGUUGGCGGUGAUGGUUUAAUAUACAGGUGGGCAACCAGGAACCUGGGCAGGAGGCAAAAAAUACUGCCAGUGCGCUUUGUACAUCUACAACCUCAUUUCAUUUCAAUAUUUGUCAGUGAAACCAGUAGCAAGUGUUUCAUGAUAGGUUAUUGUGGACAUAUCACCGAGCUGUGUACGGAGAGGUACGGAGUCAUAUAAAAGAUGGUUCCUGCCUCCAAUGAGCUUCCAGUCAUGUUGGAAGAGAUGAAGACAUGAGACCCAGAGUCAAACUUAAUUUAUAGUCUCAAGAAUCUCACAGGCCUUGGGGAAAAGGAUGAGGAAACAGAUCAUCUUGACAGUGUGAUGUCAUCUGAUGACUGCAAUCUGGCCAUCAGGGCAGGCUACUUGGAAGAGGAGGCAUACGAACUACAAACAUGUGUGGUUUAUAACAUCAGCACCAUGAGCUUCUGGAAAGGAAAGAGGAAAGCUCCAUGGCCAGCAUGGGGCCCAACACAGAGCUUAAACUCACCACCCUGAGAUUAAGACCUCAGGAUUGAGCUGAGAUCAAGAUUUGGAGGCAUGACAGACUGAGCCAUCCAGGCACCCCUAUGAAGAUUGCAGCAAUUCUCCGGAAACGAAAAUUAGACUAUUAUUUACACAAACUACUCCCUGAGAUCCUACAAUCUGCUUCAUUUCUGACUGCUAAUGGGGCCUUGUAUAUGGCUUUCUUUUGCAUUUUAAGGAGGAUACUUGGAAAAUUCUACUCUUGGAGUCCUGGCUUUGGUGCCGCUUUGCCAGCAUCUUAUGUGGCCAUUCUAAUUGAAAGAAAAAGCAGGAGAGGGCUGCUCACAAUUUAUAUGGCCAAUUUGGCUACAGAAACACUGUUUAGAAUGGGAGUAGCAAGAGGAACCAUCACAACAUUAAGAAAUGGAGAAGUCCUUUUGUUCUGCAUCACAGCUGCCAUGUACAUGUUCUUUUUCAGGUGCAAAGAUGGUUUGAAAGGAUUUACAUUCUCUGCUCUUAGAUUUAUUGUAGGGAAGGAAGAAAUUCCCACACAUUCUUAUUCACCAGAAGCAGCAUAUGCAAAAGUGGAACAAAAGACAGAGAAACAUGAAGAAAAGCCAAGAAGAAUGAAUAUAAUUGCUCUAAUCAGGAAACUUGUGGAUUCAGUAUGUAAGCACGGACCAAGGCAUAGAUGUUGCAAACACUAUGAAGAUAAUUGCAUCUCUUAUUGUAUUAAAGGUUUCAUCAGAAUGUUCAGUGUGGGAUAUUUGAUCCAGUGUUGUCUCCGAAUUCCCUCUGCUUUCAGGCAUCUGUUUACACAGCCAUCCCGGCUAUUUUCUCUCUUCUACAAUAAAGAAAACUUCCAGCUUGGAGCUUUUCUGGGCUCUUUUGUUAGUAUAUACAAGGGUACUAGUUGCUUCCUACGCUGGGUCAGAAACCUGGAUGAUGAACUGCAUGCUAUUAUAGCUGGGUUUUUGGCAGGAGUAUCAAUGAUGUUUUAUAAAAGUACAACAAUUUCCAUGUAUUUAGCUUCCAAAUUGGUGGAGACAAUGUAUUUCAAAGGCAUUGAAGCAGGAAAGGUUCCCUAUUUUCCCCAUGCAGAUACUAUCAUCUAUUCCAUCUCUACAGCAAUUUGCUUCCAGGCAGCUGUCAUGGAAGUUCAGACCUUGCGGCCGUCUUACUGGAAGUUCCUUUUAAGGCUCACCAAGGGCAAAUUUGCUGUCAUGAACCGAAAAGUCCUUGAUGUUUUUGGUACUGGUGCAUCUAAACACUUUAAGGAUUUUAUCCCUAGGUUGGAUCCAAGAUAUACGACUGUAACACCAGAGUUGCCCAUCGAGUUUUCUUGAAGAUGACUGUAAUUUAUUAAUGUGAUCUAAUGUUUCAUUAUUUUAUCCUGAAGAGUUAAUUAUGUUGAAUCACAAAGAAGGAGUCUUGAGCUUGAACUUCAGUGUUAUUUCAAUGAGAGAUGCUCUUUUUUUGUUUGUUUUUCUUACCAAUCAGAAGUACAGAAGCUUUUUAGGAAGGUGUUGCUUAAUAAUUAAGGGCCCUUCCAUAGCCAGAAUCUGAUUCUGGGUUGCUGUAGUGGUUGUUGACAUGAUGCUAUAUUAUUGAUUAAGUUAUGUCCACAAGCAAUCUUAAAUAAUCUAUGUAGAAAUGUAGUAACAAAUGAGAUUAUACUUAAAAUCACUUUAAAAGAUGUUUUCAUUAGUUCAUUCCAAUAUAAUUCUUGGUUAAAACUAAGAAUAUUUCUACGUUUUAGGAUACAAAGGAUCACGGGUACAUGGAUUUGGUCUGUAUUCUUUUUUAACUUUUGAAUUGGUAACUAUAGUAGUAAAAUGAAUGGAUAUGAAGUAAUUCUUCACAGACAAUGCUGCUUUAGUAUAAAGCAAUUUAUUAAAGAAAGUGGUCAUUCUUACUUCAGGGAUGCAAAGACGGGUCUUAUGCUGUUUGAAUAAAUGCCGUGGUAUCCAUGUCUUCUUCCACUUAUACCUUCGUCUCUCUUCAUGAUCAGUUGAGCUGUUUGGCAGCCCAGAGAACCUAUGUACUAAUGGCAGGUUAGGAGUAAAUGAGAAUUGACAUAUCUGAUACAUUUGAAAUGUAUGUUUUAAUGUUUUACAAAGCAGUACACUUGAAUAUUUAAAAGCAAAUGAAGUUGCUUUUAAACCUCUUGUGGGUUUAUGAUGUUUGUUUUCAUUUAUAAGAACUGAAUUCUUCAUAGCUAAGUUUAUCUGCCAUUACAGAAUUAGAAGGGAUCAAAAGUAGUUUUGGCAAGUUUGUCAUUUUGUUCCCUUGGAACUAUUCCACCUAUAAAAUGGAUAUUUUACGACUACAAACAAUAUAAAAAUCCUGUAGUUGUUAAAAAGUCCAUUUCAUCACUAAUGGGAUGCCAGGUUCUCUAGCCUCUUUUCAAAAACUUAUUGUCACCAUGUUUAUUCCUGUUGGAAUAAAGAAGUGACAGAAAUGUAGUCACUGUUGAGUAUGAGUUAGUUCAGGACAGCUGUGAUUGAAAUAUGAUUUCUCUUUAAAGUUUUUCAGGGAAAAGUUAUACUUUUCUAAGUUAAUAAAAUGCUUAAUUGGUUAUGUCUACAGUUAAUGUAAAAUAUAGGGAUGAUGGUAUAUUUUUUUAAUAUCAUUUUGUUGCUGAAAAGUUUUGGGCCAUUGUAAAUUAAUUAUACAGUAGAACUUGUGUUUCAACAAGGAUUAUAACCCAGGCUUUAAAAACGCUUAAUCCUUCAUAUUCAAUUUCAUCAAGCCCUGAAUAUUUCUGUUUACAUGUAAUCCUAUCCUUGGUUGUUAAUGGCAAAUUGAAAGCCAACAAAAAGACAGACUCUGGUACCAUGGUAACAGAGAGAGCCACUUUAAUUAGGUCAAAAUUUUUCAUUGUGAUUAAUUUUUUAGAAUUGACUUGUCUAUUAGACAAUAGACAUCAUUUUGGUUUCGGACUUCAAAAUCUGCUAAUAAAUUAAGUUUUAAGUUUUUAUUCACUGGAAUCAAAAUGAUGAUUGGUACUGUGUUUACUUUUAAAAAUGAAGUAUUAUAACAGUGAAGAAAGCACUGCUUCCUGCACCUCAUUUUCUUUAUUUAGAAAUUAUGUUUAUAAUAUUUUUCCUGUCUGCUUAAAAGAAAAACAUUUUAAUUAAUAAGUUACUGUUUUCAUUAACAUUAAAAAGGCUAUUAUGUUGAAGGACAAAUCGUACUGAAAUUUCAUGAGAUUGUUUAGUAAAAUUUUACUGUUGAAAGGUACAUUUCUAUGAUUUACUUUUUAUUCCAACUGUAGUCAUUUUUUAAAAUAUAAAAUGUAAAAUGAAAUAACCAGCAUGAAGCAGAGCACAGUAAUGAGCGUAUAGCUUGAGUGAAUAGUUAACUAAUUUGCUGUGGUGAAAGAGAAGUCCGAUUUGACUUCACUGAGGCAGCCUGAGAAGUAUAGCUAUUUGAGAAAACAAAGAAACUGUGUUCCUAACGACAAUCAAAAUGAAUCUUUCUAUACCUCUAAUCAAUCAGGUAUCUACUGACAACUUGACACCAUAAAUAAAGUCAAAUAGAUGUCCUUUCCAAAA